AUGGCCACCCUUCUUGAUGGACAGAUGGAUGGAGAGUCAACGCAGUCCGUGUAUGAUGAAACAUUGCAUGUGCCCAUUUCCAGCACCGCGAAGGACAAUCAAAGUGCCACCACCGAGUUCAUCCUGCUUGGGUUUGGAGACCUUCAUGGACUGCGGCUCCUGCCCUUUGUGUCGUUUUUAUUUACCUACCUGAUCGCCGUCUCUGGGAACAUGCUCGUUGUCUUCGUCGUCUUGGCUGAUCGCAGCCUUCGCACCCCCAUGUACUUUUUCCUGGGCAACUUGUCCUGGUUGGAGAUCUGCUACGUCUCCACCGUGGUCCCCAAGAUGCUGAAGACUUUGCUUAGCGAGCGCGAAGUGAUUUCUCUCGUGGGCUGCAUCACGCAGUUGUACGUGUUUGGUUCCCUGGGCAUUUCCGAGUGUUUGCUGCUGUCCGUCAUGUCCUUUGACAGGUAUUUAGCCAUCUGCCAUCCGCUCAGUUAUUCAGCGAUUAUGAACUUCCGGGUUUGCCUUCUCCUAGCUGCGGGUUCCUGGGCUGCGGGUUUCACGGUUCCUUUGAUAAGCAUCGUUAUGCUAUUCAGGCUGCCUUUCUGUCGUUCCAACGAGAUCGACCAUUUUUUCUGCGAUUUAAUGCCGCUGCUAAAACUGUUGUGUGCGGGCGCUCACAAGAUCGAGGUUGUGACUUUCAGCUUUGCUGCCGGGAUUGUUCUAGUCCCAUGUUUGCUAACCCUGGUUUCCUACUGUAGAAUCAUCUUGACCAUCUCUCGGAUCCCUUCCGCCACUGGGAAGAAGAAAGCCUUCUCCACCUGCUCCGCCCACCUCCUUGUGGUCAGCAUUUUCUACGGGGCCCUCAUUCUUAUCUAUGGCGUCCCCAUUGGGAAUCAGUCGCCGGGUCUCAACAAAGCCAUCUCUGUGCUCUACACGGUCCUGACGCCCACCGUCAACCCCCUCAUAUACAGUCUGAGAAACAAGGAGGUCAAGGGGGCCCUGUUGAAAAUUGCAAUGAAGGCGGUCGCUUUCAGAAGUUGA